UUGGCUCAUUCAUAGGGUCGUGAAUACUUUGAUUGACACACGAGAACCAAAAGGUGCAGAACGUUUCCUAUUGGUCGGCGAGGCGGUCUCAAUCUCCUCUUGCCUCUCAGCGCAGCGCAUUUCAGGCAGCUCCGCAUUGGCAACGAGCCGUGUGAGUCAGCAGCAGUUACGGACUUUCAGAGGUGGAGUUUCCACAACUUUAAAACUUUGACUUGAAAAUCUUAUAAAUUCAGAGGUAUUUGGCUUGCAUUCCCUGUUUUUAGACAAAGAGGACUGCAUUUCACUCAAGGCUCACCACUUUUGGGGGCUCCUUUGACUGGGAAUCCUGAACAGGAAUUCACAAUGAAUUCACUUGCAUCUUUGUUUCUUUGGAGAAUCAUCACUUUGGUACUGCCACUGGUCUCACUGAGCCAGACAUCCGAGUAUGACUACCCAGGCUGGAAUCCAAAUUUUCCCGGCGGUGACACUUUUUAUAACAAGCCUCCCCAGUGUGUGGAGAUCCCGGAUGACCUGAGGCUUUGUCACAAUGUGGGAUACGAUAAGAUGCUCCUGCCCAACUUACUGGAGCACGAGACUAUGGCUGAGGUCAAGCAGCAGGCGGGGAGCUGGGUGCCACUGGUGCACAAAAACUGCCACCCGAACACACAGGUGUUUCUGUGUGCCCUCUUUGCCCCUGUAUGCCUUGAAAGGCCCAUCUACCCAUGCCGGUGGCUCUGUGAAAAUGUGCGGGAUGGCUGCACCCCAAUCAUGGAGGCGUUUGGGUUCCCCUGGCCCGAGAUGCUCACCUGCGAGAAGUUUCCCCAGGAUGAUGUGUGCAUCAGUGCACCCAAUACAACAGAUGCAUCCAAACCUACUGGACACUCUCCGGUUUGUCCUCCUUGUGACCAUGAAAUGAAAAUGGAUGCUAUUCUUGAACACAUCUGUGCCAGUGAAUUUGUCAUAAAGUCCAAGAUCAAGGAGGUUAAACGUGAGGGCACCGAUCGCAAGGUAAUCCUGCAGAAGAAGAAGAAACUCAUAAAGAUGGGCACUUUGAAGAAGAAAGACAUGAAGAAACUUACUCUAAACCUGAAGAACGGAGCUGACUGCCCCUGCGCACAGCUAGAAAAUCUCGGAAACACGUAUCUGAUCAUGGGCCGCAAGGUGGACAAACAACACCUUAUCACCGGCAUUCACAAAUGGGACAAAUCUAGCAAAGAGUUCAAAAAGACCAUGAAAAAACUCAAAAGCCACAAAUGCCCUGCUUUCGAGAAUGUCUUUUAGAGUUCCCACUCACUUUAUGAACUUGCACAUCCAGGCAACCCAAAAUAUUGUUUUAUUUUUCAGUGUUUAUAUACAUUAUAUAUUUCUCAUGUAUUUUUAUAGAGCAGUAUUCAAAGUGUUUUGUCUUGGGUCUGUGCUGCUUAACAAAAGAGAUAGCAAAUUAUACAGUAGACAAAUUUUCCACAUAAACCAACUGAUCACUUUUGUAUAUAUAUAUAUCCAAACAUGUAACUGUUCAUAAUAUGUUGUAAAAUGAUCAGAGUUCAUCUGAAAUUGAUUGUUGAUCUUUCUUUUUUAAUUAUGCUUACAAAAAUAUAAUAUACACUAGAUUUCCAUACAACAGUACUCCAUUACGUUCACAGCCUAUUGGUAAAACAUUUGUACAGAGAACAUAUCAUACAAAACAAACUAUUUCUUUAGAUAUAUUUGUCAUCAGUUUAUGUGAAUCAUCUCAAUUUCAAUAUACUGUAUUUUUGCGACUAUAAGUCGCAUCAGUCAAAAAUGUGUUUUGAAUAGGAAAAAACAUCACUGGACUAUAUGUCGCUUUUAUUCAGAAAAUGAUUUCACAAAAUCCGAGCCGCAGAACAGACAUUUAAUCUGUAAAGGCAAGUUAUUCAACUAAACAAUAGCACAGAACAGCAGGUUAAAUAGGUGUCCGUACAUGUUAAAGUAACAUAAACAGUUAUUUACAUGAUACACAAUAGCAUACAGAACAUACCUGGGAGGCUGAAUAGGCAAAAUUAACACAACAAGCCAGUUUAAAAAGUCCUGAAGUCAUUCCACAUCACUGAAUCCAUUGAAUUACAUAAAUACACGAGCAGCAUAGAGCGGACUCUCGCGGCUGUAGACGGUAAUGGUUUAUAUUGGUUCAUAUGAAAUAAUUUUGACAUAUAAGUUGCACAUGACUAGAAGUUGGAGGACCAGCCAAACUAUAAAAAAAAGUGUGACUUAUAGUCCAGAAAAUACGGUAAAGCAGUUUUCUGUAUUGCAAUGUGCUUUGGUCGCAGUCUUACCCAAAAUCAAUCAAGCUCUUUGUACAGUAAUGUAUAAAUCUAUUAAAUCAUAGCUACUGAGUUAAUACUCAACAGUCCAUCAUAUUUAGUGGACAAGUAAAACAGUCAUUCUAUAUAUUCAUAUCAUUUAUUGCACUGAUAAAGCCAUUUCAUGACCAAUUUCUCCAGUCCCAAAUUAGUUAAUUGCGUUUGUUUUAUAGUAUACAUAUACAUAGACAUAAAAUACUUCUUUAUAAAUACUCAUCUCAUGGCAAUUCAUUCAUAUUUAAAGGGGGGCUAAUUCGUAUUAAUUCAGGCGACCACAUUCGUACAUUUUUUGUACGAUUUGCUUUUUCGCCAGUGACUUUAGAGUUAGGGACGGUGUUAAGGUUGGGGUUUUGUUAUGUUUUAAUCGUAUUUUUUUGCACAAUCCAUUUCACACAAAUUCAUCAAAUUACAUAACAGGUAAAAUACUUACGAAUUCUCAUGAGAUCAGGCUGGAAUGUUAUAGGAAUAAAUGUCCAUUUAAUCAACCAACCCUUUACUGUUGAAAUGUAUAGCGCUGUUAAAUGUUGCUGGUGAACAUAUUAUUUUUUCUACUGCAAUGCAUGCCACCAGUUAAAGUACUCAGACAUCUUCACUGUAAUUGAAAUGAUCUUGUGUUGGUGUAGCACUGGUGUGGUUUCACUGUUGCUCAGUUCAGUUUUUGUUCUGUUUGUAUUGUUGGCAAUCAUUUUGUACAUAAAAUUCUAGCACAAAUAUAAAAUAAAGCGCUAAGUGUCUGUCUUCUGCACACAA